AUGACAUCUGGAAAUAUUCCAGAGUCUAGACCCGCGAAGGCAAUUUCAAAGCCUCUGGACUGGGUGUCAGUCUGCGACAAGGUACUUGGAUAUGUCAAUUACCCGUUGGAUCUAGUCAAGGGGACAGAGCCCUUAAUUCCAGCUCCAUGUAUAUGCACUUCAUUCGUUGAAGAUAUUAUACACUCGAACGAUGUUAUGGCGGUGGUCGAACAACUCGUCAGCACCUAUCGCCCCGAUAGUCCUACUGGAUGCCCACAUAAAGAAAGCCCGACUGACGUUCUCCAUGAUGACUGUUUACCCCGAUCAAUUGCACGUUGUUACGUGCAUGACCCAACAGCUGGGGGCUUGGCUCCGGCAUAUGAGCAAUACAUCGGCUGUGGCGUCAUGUGCAAGUUAAAAAACAUUCCAUUGAAGGUUCAAGAGCAACCCGAUUGGGUUCAGGUGUUAGUUCGCUCGAACUACGGCUCGAAGAAGAAGGGAUAUACAGUACCGUUCCCCCAGUGCGAAGCAGUUACUACACUAGCGAAGCUACAUGUAGGGUGGGGGGGCAACGCUGGAUGCCAUGUCAUUUGUCAAGAUGAUAGAGAUCCGAUCAAAUACAGCCACUGCAGACUGCUUGAUUCCGAAACGUUGAUAUGGAUGAUUGAUAUUGGAAUUAUGGACGGACCUUCCUGCGGCAAAUGCAACGUUGAUGCGCUCUCGCUCCUUUUUAUUAUGGCUAUAGAUACGCCAGACAGAAUCAGGGAUUCAAUAACAUUAGAGAUUUUCAACAUCAAUAAUUGUGCUAGGCAGAGUGAACUCGCCAUAUUUACCUGGAGGGCAUUGCAUACCCACAAGACUGACGGAUUUUGCUGUGAGAGGAGUCGGAGAUUCAGCAGGGCGGCUGGAAAUAUUAUGUUGUGGGUAUUCUGUAACCCGGUUUAUUUUACGACCAAAUGGGCCAGGGACGAAGGGCUACUUGGGUUCGUAGAGGCUAUUAACUGGUUUGUUAUGUCAAGGAUUGCAGAGAGCGAAUUGGAAGCAUCCGUCACUGGCGAUGGUCCGGCAAAGGUGGAUGAUAUUGUCAGAAGGGUAGUUGACACCGGUUUGACGGAUUUCAUACUCUACAUUUGUGCUUAG